AUGUUGUCUAAAGCACAUUACUCCACAUACUUUCAUCCAACAAAUAUGAAGUUGCCAGUAGUAUUAUUUUUGACCUUCUUAGGUCUUUCAGCGAUUGUAUCUUCUCAAGAUUUUGGAGAAGUCUACUGUGGAAGACGACUAGCGACAGCUUUGGCUCUUCUAUGUGAUAACAAUUUGAUAAAAAGGUCCGAAAUGCACCAAAAUGUUGCAACGGAUAUGAGUUGGCCGUGGCUCGCUCCACAUAGAGCGCACAUGAUGGGUCGAAGCAAGAGGCAGGUGGUCUCAGAGUGUUGCGACAAACCUUGCACUAUUAAUGAAUUAAUGUCUUAUUGUGGUGCCUUC